AUGAAAAAUAAAUGCAUUGCUUCCCACUCCCGUAAUCAGGACUCUGCUACUAAAAAAGCUUUGGAGGACAUUGAGUCCAAGUUGAAGCAGGUUAAAAAUCUCCAAAAAAAUCUUGAAGGAUUGACUGACCAAAACAGUUGUCAAAAGCUGUUAGAGAAUCUUUGUGCCGGCCUCGAAACCUUCCUCGGCUUCAACUCUGCUACGAAAGGCUACACUGGCGAGGGGAUUGUGUACUCUGACUUGGACAGGCUGAGUGACGGGGUGAUGGCGUUUUUGUGUGGUGUUCUCAGCAACAUCAAAGAGCAUUUAGGGCAGCAUAAAGAGACAAUUACAGAUGCAAUUAACACUCUUAACACCAAUAAACACGCCGGUAAAAAAGGUUUUAGUGUUGCGAUUGGAAGUGUGGUCGAAGGGGUGGGGAGGUAUAAUGAGAGGGUGAAGAGGUCGAAUGAUGAAAUUAAAAAACCCAUUAAAAAUCUUCAAAAGCAAAUUGAUAAAAACAUUGUAAACGCAGUAAAAAGCAUUUUGCCGAACGAAAAUGCAGUCACUAAUGAUGCCUUGAUGCAGGCUGUAGAGUUAAUUAAAAGUAAACUGCUUGAAUGUAAACAAUUUGCAACAGAGUUCAAUGAAGCUCUAAAUACCGGUAAAAAAGAAGAAAUAAGAAAAGCAAUCGACGACUUAAAUCCCAGAUUACAGGAAUGCGUGAGGAACGCUUUGAAGGCUGUGAGCCAUGAGAGUCAGCGGCUCAAUGAGCUGUCGAAUAAGGAAAGUGAGGACUUCGAAGUAACAAACAGAAUCAUCACCGAAACUCUCCAAUCGCUUCACACACAAAUGAACAAGCAUAUUAAUAGGGAAGUAAAAUAUCUUGUAGAGCAAUUCAAAAGACUGGCGAAAGAUAUUUGGAAACAACUUAACGCUAUCGACACUAAGCUGGAAGAGUAUGUGGAGGAGUUGAAGAAAUGGAUAGAUGCGUCCGACAAAAUUGUUGAUACAACGAUAUACGAGGCUGAAGGAAUUGUACAAAAAGGAAUUGGAAAGAAUCAACAAAAUUCUAUCAAACGAGUUGGAGAGCAGUUGGAAAGGCGGAGAAAGGAUCUCGAAACAAAUAUUAAUGGUGUAAAAAGAAAACUUGAAAGUCUGGCGCAGCAAGUUACUGAGCAAGCAGACAGCCUUGAGGUCAAUGUACGUAUUGGGUUGCAGGCGUUGAGGGAUGAUAUUAGUAAGAUGUUAAAUGAUGUGAGAAGCAGCAGUGCGGUGAAUGGCGUAGUCAAAGGUCUGGUAGGUAAGCAGUUCCAGUCUUUAACUGAGUCUAAAAAUGAGCUCACAGCAGUAAUCGGCCGAAUCACAGAAAAUUCUGCGAGCCUUGGUUCUUUGUACAUUAAAGCGUUUAAACAAAAAUUUUAUGAUUUUGCGGAAGCGCUUGAAAAAGCAAAUCUACAAAAAUUCCAAAAUGCUUUAUCACCAAAAUCAAGAAAACUUGAGAGCUAUGUCGGUAUUUUACAACGUAUCAGUAGUAUGUUAAAUGUUCAACCGUCGACAGCCGGAAGUAUAAUGGAGCUUGUAGAAGAGUUGAAUAGUGGAAUGCGUGCUAUAACGGAACACUAUGACGAAGUAACAUCUGGAACGCCAUCUACUGUGAAAAAUCUAAAAGAGGCUGUCGACAAGGCAGCUGGCGCAAUAAAUGCGCUGGGCGAAAAACUCAAAACAGAGUUUCAUCCGGCAAAAGAAGAGAUUGCUAAAAUAAGAGACGAUCCUAGCUUGACUACUGCCGUUGCAAAAUAUAAUGCUCUAAUAGAGCUGAAAACGACAGUAUACGGUCAGACUGGAGGUGUGGAAAAUCCUGAUGAGGGUUCUCUUGCCAAACUCAUCGAAGAGCUGACUAAGGCAGUUGAUGGAAGUGGCGGAGUUGGGGGACUUAAGAAAGCUGUUGAAACGUUCGACUUUGCUGCUAAAAAGCAGAUAACAGAUGGAGCCAGCGCUGCAAUUAACGAAGUGCUAGGAAAAUUCGAGAUGGAUACAGUUAGCGAUCCACAACAAAUCAACGUUAAGAGUAUGAUGAAUCUGUUUAGUUUAGCAAACGAAUCUUUAAAAAGUACAGUUAAUGAAAUAAAAACCCAUGCUACUGACAUAAACGUGGACUAUGUCAAGAGCUCGCUUCAUACUCUCUCUACUGAGCUUCCGAAGUACCUUUCUGAGUUACUAGACGCCUUAAGCGCUAGCGGUAAUGCUAUCAAGCAGAAUUUGCAAAAGCUCAAGAGGGAUAUUGGCAAAACGGAACGCGGUACGCCAGCCAAAGACACUCUUCAACACAUCCACCGCCAACUUAGCGAAUUGCGGAGCAAGGAUUUGAAAAGUACCAUUACAUUCGUUCAUGGCUUGGAUGCUUUUGCCACCCGAGCAUGCCAAGAAACCAUCGAAAAACUCGAGAACAACGUCAGACAAGAAGUGGAAGCAGCCACCGUGAAACUCACCACCCUAAUUCAGAAACGGUUCGUCUGCUCAACCAAGUCCCUGCUCGAGAAGUUUACAGGAAAAGUUAACGGCGAAUUAAAUGGAUUGUCGGCCAAGAUACACAAUGAUCUGAACACCGGGCUGAAUGGGUUUAUGUUGAGGUUGGAAACGCACUUUCUGACAGGCGAACAAGUGAUUCAGGGCAUUGAUAAGAUUUCGGAGACGCACUCCCCUAAACAAAAAUCUCCGCUCAGUCAGGGCGCUGAAAAAUUCAAUACUGCUGUGAAGGCCUUUUUUGGCAGCUUAGAGAAGCAGAAAGAUUUCACGUCCGAUUACAAAAUCAUUACGCCUGCCAAGGAAGCCCUCCGCAAGGUGCUCGCUAUGCUCGCAGAACGUGGACACUUCGACCAUGAAUUCUUGACAAACCUGGAUCCACUUGAAACUAAGGUUAGUGAAUUCAAACCGUCGACGUAUGGUGAAGGGAAGAACCCUUUCAUCCUCGUGGCCGUGCGAAGUGGCUUCACUACUAUUGUCACUGAGUUCCAAAAGGCCUACGUCAGCAGGUACUCUGGCCAAAUAUACGACGAAAGCCACGCGUCCAAAUAUGUCAAAGUCUUUGCCACCAUUUUAUAUACUCUUCAUGACAGUCUUAACAGCUUGAAUAAAGGGUGCAUGGCCGGCGGCGGCUGGAAUAGUAGACAAUGGUGUAAGAAUGACAAACGCGGCGAAAAUUCACUCGGCACAUUUUUGGUCCGCUGCGGAUUUCAAGUCGCCACUGAUGAGGUAUCGAAAGACGGCGAAUUGAAGCACCCAUCUGACAAGCUCAGCGGUAAGACCAUUCAUGAUAAACUACUCGAAACAGACUACAUCGAUACUGAAAUAGCCAAACAUCUCAAAACCUGCAAAUCUAAUAAAACCAAGAAACCCAGUCAAUUCAAUCUCUUCGACCUACUCGAAUGCAUUCUCUAUCACACAGAUAAGUACAAUGAGGUGUGUCACAUACCCACUGCGUCAUCAACCAAAGUGCCAAGCAGCGUAUAUGAUGCCCUCGUAUGGUUCUCCGGGCUUCCAUAUAGCGGAGUGUAUUCGACCCUCUUGCGUGACAGCAUCACUGACGUGCUGACCGACAAAGAUAAGCAUAAGGCGCAGGUGCUCGACGGUCUUGAGUUCACAGCGGUUGAUGAAGGAUCGCUAUCAAUACCGGCUUACCCAAGCGACAUAACAUACGAACGUGUCGACAAGGCUCUUGCCCAUAUCUGCUCAAUGUCUUACGAUAUCGUUACAGCUAUCGCCGGCCACGGUGACGCCCAAACCAUCUAUGGCAGCGAGUUUUGCAACAACUCAUUUAAAUUCAAAUACCCCAAAACGGGGGACGAUUGCUUGCAGAUGAUCGUCGAUUUGCUGCGUAGAGUACUCCAAUGUCUACGAUUUUUGCAACAAAAAUGCAGACUCGGUGCUAAAUAUCACGGUUGGAGCGAGUGCCUGUACGGCAAAAGUGUGAAGGCAUCCAACUCGCCAUGUGAAAAGCAUUCAACCGACAAAGCUGAGUGCCAACCAAAAUGCAAGGUAAAUUGUCAACCAAAUUGCCAACCUACGUCGCCAUUAAUGUCAUAUCUAUACGACUCUCUGACUGGUCACUUGCCACAUGACCUCUCCUCCAUAGGCUGUAAGUCAACGUGUAACACGUGUCCAAAGAGCUCACCUGGCAUGCCUUGUUUGACACCGCUUGGGUUCAGGGGAUUCUCCGGGUCAACGAAAACGGGUGCUGAUCUCUGUCGAAUUAUUGAUAUAUUCCUCAAUUUCGAUGGGCUCUCAUGUCUAUUUGCCCUCGAUCCUAAACCACCGUCGACGCUAUCAGAGCACUUUAGUUUUGUGUUAACGCUGGCUGCCGGUAUUAACGCUACUACAACCAAGAGAAAGAGUGACGUGAAAACAUUACGUGAAUCGUUUGAAGAAUCCAUUGAUAAGCAGUCUAUCAAGCUGUAUGAGAAUGCGUCCAGCUUCACAAGUGCCUUGCGUGAUGCAUAUAACAGCAACAAGAACCAUAAUGCUAACCCGCACCCCGAUGCAACAAAUGCCGAUCUCUACACUCUCUGUACAGACAAAUCUUGUGUCUAUCCUAAUCGGAAUGUUUACUGUGGCCCAUACCUAUAUUCGUUGUCCUCUGAUGCGUAUAGUUGUCUCGCCAUCAAACAUUCUGGGCUCUAUCUAUCAUGGGCACUUUACCUUCCUUGGACGUUUUAUCAAUAUCUGAAAUCGUUACUUGACGCAUUCUGUGCUAUCUCCUGCCAAUACUGGGGAUGCCGUAGUUGCCUGAUAGGCGAUACAUGUAAACCGGGAAAACACGGUGUCGACUACAACUGCAAAUGCAACGCACUCGUACGUUGUCGCGGCGUGCUGGGCGCAUUCUACGGAUAUGGUUUCACCUUCGGAGAUUCAAUGAAAUUGCUAGAACAGCAUCAUCGACGAUAUUGCCACGACUUUACAAAGCAGCUGCAGAACGUGUUGACUUCCAUACGUUUCGGAAACCUCUUGACCAAAUGCGACGACUUCCUUGGCAAAUCCGCCUACCAUUCUUCUACUUGGUCCUCCCUCUUUGGUCACUGUCCCUCUUCUACCUCAUCUGCGUGA